AAAACUUGAAAAAAACUAGCAACAACAAACAAAAGUUAUAAAAUAGGUUGAUUGGAGGACCAUAAUGUUAUAAUAACAUAGGAUGGCAUCUGGAAAUUCGAGUAAUCCAUCUAAUAAUAUGCAGGCUCACGGAAACGAUCACAAUACAGUAGAGAGUUUGACUGAAGUGUUCAGAUGCUUCAUCUGUAUGGAAAAAUUGAGAGAUGCCAGACUGUGUCCUCAUUGUUCCAAACUCUGCUGCUAUGCCUGCAUAAGGAGAUGGCUUACAGAGACGAGAAUGCAGUGUCCACAUUGUAGGGCACCUCUGCACAUGACUGACCUUGUGAACUGUCGCUGGGCGGAGGAAGUGACCCAGCAAUUAGAUCUGCUACAGCACACGAUUCCACCGAAAAACAAGGGAGAGAAUGACAUCUGCAGUGAACACAAGGAGAAGAUUAGUGUGUUCUGUGUGACCUGUAAGAAGUGCAUCUGCCAUCAGUGUGCGCUGUGGGAGGGCAAGCAUUCAGGUCACAUGUUCAAGCCAGUGGACAACGAGUACAAUGAGCAUGUGAGGCAGGUGAUGGAGGAACUGAGUUCAAUCAGGCGUAGAAACAUUGAGCUCAUCAGUCUCAUACAAGACGUGGAGCGAAACAUCGAGAGUGUGAAGACUGCCAAGGAUGAGAGGGUUAGGGAGAUACGGAAUGCUGUCGAGUUGAUGAUAGCCCGCCUCGAGUCACAACUCAAGAGUAAACUGCUCACUCUUAUGGGCCAGCGAGGUCAGCUGACCCAGGAGACGGAGGUCCUGGACACCCUGAUUCAAAAGAUCGAGAGUCAGGUGGCCAACAGCAGCAAGACCGAUCUCAUAGCCAAGAGUGAUGAGUUUCUCACAGUGUUCAGACAGAUGCACCGACGCCCCAUGGCGUCCUUUGUCACUGCCCCAGUUCCCACAGAUUUCACGAGUGAGAUCGUGCCACCAUACGACUUAAGCACGUUUGUUAUGAACAACUUCAGCGCCCUACAACAACGUGCUGACCCGGUUUACAGCCAAGCCUUACAAGUCAAUGGUCUUAGCUGGCGACUCAAAGUCUAUCCAGACGGCAAUGGUGUUGUCAGGGGAAACUACCUGUCUGUGUUUCUGGAACUGUCAGCUGGUUUACCGGAGACUUCCAAAUAUGAAUACCGUGUUGAAAUGGUGCACCAGUCGUCAAGAGAUGCCAGUAAGAACAUCGUCCGUGAGUUCGCCUCUGACUUUGAGGUGGGAGAAUGCUGGGGAUACAACAGAUUUUUUCGCCUCGACCUGCUUGCUACUGAGGGCUACCUGAACACGGAAGUUGAUUCCCUGACCUUGAGAUUUCAAGUGAGACCUCCAACCUUCUACCAGAAAUGCAGGGAUCAACAGUGGUACAUACAUCAGAUAGAAAAUACGAACUCCCAACUGCAGAGUCAAAACAAUGAGCUCAAAGAGAGAAUCACCCUCGAGGUCCUCAGGAACAAACAUUCCAGCAAAAGAGGAACAAAUAGAGAUUCACCCAUUCCUGUGGACGCCAAUUUCGUGGAGAGUCUGUACACAAAGUAUUGCCAUGGCAACCAGCCUGUUGCUGAGGGAGGGGGCUCAGAAAUCGAGAUUGAGCACCUUGCAGAUGAAACCGACAGCGACUCUGAGGGGUCAGAACAGAGUGAAGAGAGAUUGAGCAUGGUGGAGAGCCAAGAAAGUGAGCUGGAGGAAUAUUCUAUCAUUGAGGAGAAUGACGUUGAUGAAGAAAACAUGUGCCUGGAUAACGAUGUUGAUGACAUACAGGAGGGUCAUGAGGUCAACAACCUGGACCGGGAGACUGGGGCAGCCCACCUUCCCCUCAACAGUGCCAUGAACAUCCUGGAGAACAGGGCCUCCAGGAGUGAUGAUGAGACGAUGCUGCUACAGUUCCUUCAGGAAUCUGAGAACCCCUGGCCCCGCGGCAGACGGAAUGUCCUCAUGAGACAUAAUCCCUCCAGUUCAGAGCUUCUCCUGAAUCUCGAUCUGGGACUGUACUUACCACGACCCCCGUCAUCAUCAGCUGCUUCUUCAUCAUUAUCAUCAGGAGCAACACCAGUGACAACAGUGGCCGAGUACCCAGGCAACCUUUUACCCCUUCUUUCCCCUUCGUCCUCGAGCAAGAAAACUUGGGGGAAGCAGCCAACACGCUGUGGCGAGAGCUCAAGACAGGGGAUGCCCUGUUCGUCCCAGUCUCUACAGGACAUCCACUCAAGGUGUCGCAUGACCGACGCUGAUACACUGGAGCACAUCCAGGCACGCUUCAAUGAACUUGCUGCCACCACAUUUAGCACCCUUGCUGCGGCCAACGCUGCUGUGUCCAGCGAGAUAGAGGCCAGGGCCCGGGCCUCCCAGGAAAAGUCAGAGAAGAAGAAGGGAUCAGGGGCCGUCACUAGUCACACCGGACAUUGGAGCAAGGGAGACUUGGGCUCAAAGGGCCAUAAAGGGAGAGAACCAGGUCGGGAGUCUGAUAGGAGCCCCCGUAGGACCCAGUCUGUAGGGGCUUUGUGUAAACUGGAACGCCUUACCUUUCAAACUCUUGACUUGUCGUUGGAGGAAGGGCCCUUGUCGGACUGCGACCUCACUGUGUCAGAGGCCACGGAACACCACACCUCACAUGAUGCAAGUGAUUCACCAUUCACCGUUUCUCAUGUCAGCAAAAAGACUGCAGCUGGGGCCAGGAACAACAUGAAAACUACAGAAGAACGCAUUACCUUUCAAACUCUUGACUCGUCGUUGGAGGAAGGGCCCUUGUCGGACUGCGACCUCACUGUGUCAGAGGCCACGGACCACAACACGUCACAUGAUGCACAUGAUUCACCAUUCGCCAUUUCUCAUGUCAGCAAAAAGACUGCAGCUGGGGACAGGAACAACAAGAAAACUACAGCUAUUCCACCAAAGUCUAGCAAGUCGAAGCCAAAGUCGAGGUCCGACAGGCCGAAAUCUGACAAAGAUCGCAAAAACGCCAAAACAAAGGAGGAGUAUGCUGAACCAGUCUCCAGUGGGGAAGAGUGCUCUUUGGAGGUAACCAGUCCAGAGGCAGGGGAGGCAACUAGUACUGCUGACUUGGAUGGCAGGCAAGAACCGCAGGUGGAGUUUACCGGGGCAAAUAACUCAAGAUACAGAAGUUCAUGUAAGAAAUAAUGAGCCACUUGGGUAGAGGGAAUGAAUGGAUGACAACAAGGAAACAUCUGUGUGAGAUCUCCACAGGGUAGAAGUCCUGAUUGCAAGAAACAAGAAUAUUGAGCAAAUUGUAUGCUAUAUUUAGUUACUGUUUAUUAUGAAGAUUGUUGUGUAACAAACAUAGGAUGUUUUUUUAAGUAAAUCAAGGUGUUUGGGUUGUGAAUCUGAGCCGCCAUCUGCAUUUGUUAUUUUUCUAGACAUUUUCAAUUGAUGUAAGUUUGUCCAGAAUAUGGUCUUUGUGUGAUGAUUUUUUUGUAUCACCGCAUUUUCUGUUGCAUUGAAAAUUGUGAAUGCAUGUUUAUAGUAUACUAUGUCUAUAGUAUUAAUAGAUCACUAGCGUUACAAUUCAUUUAUUGGAAACAUGUUUAUUUAUUCUACAUCUCCAUAAUUUCUUUUUUACCAAAUGCAAGAUCCAAAAUGUAGCAUAGAACAUUGUUAGAAGUGCUUAAUUGAUAAGAAAUUAUUUCUGGAGUUACUUUCAAUUUUACCAGGGUGCCUGUCAUUUGAUUACAAAUACUCUUACAUUGUAAGGUAUGUCUCAUCUGAUAUAAGCUCAUCAGGACAUAGCCUCAACAGUUGAGUUGGCUGCAUUGAUCUCUGGUAGGCUUACAUACCCUCCGGCCUCGCCUUGUUUCUUUUAAGCUGUUGGGCUGUCAGGGGUAGAGUUCACUGCCAUUGAUGAUAUAAGUGAAUUUAUCACUUGGUUAAUGUGAAUUUCAUUUGUACUUGCUUUAUGAAUCAAACUUCUGUAUGUGUGUGUGUGUUAAUUGUAAUAUUUUGAAGGUUUCAUUUAUAUUAUGCUGUGAUCGAAAGAUUCUGAAUACCUAGAUCUUAAAUUUGCAAAUUGUUUUCCUCUUCCACUGCCUGACUUCUACAUUCUCAAGAUGCACAGGUCCAGUGUGAUUGGAUUUUGUUCAAGAAGCCUCUCAUUAUUGACUGUCUUAUUUCAUGUAAAUACUUGUCAUAGCUGCUCUUGCAUUUGAUUAUUUGAGUCUCGGUCUGGGAAAACUGGGCUUAAUGCAUGUGCGUAAAGUCAGCACAGGCUAAUCAGGGAUGACACUUUACGCCAUGUGCGUAAAGUGUCAUCCCAGAUUAGCCUGUGCAGUCAGCACAGGCUAAUCAGGGAUGACACUUUACGCUUUUAUGGCAUUUUUCGUUUAAAGGAAGUCCCUUCUUACCGAAAAUCUUGUUUAGGCGGAAAGUGUUGUCCCUGAUUAGCAUGUGGUGACUGCACAGGCUAAUCUGUGACGACACUUUACGAACAUGCAUUACGCCCAGUUUUCUCAGAACAAGGCUCAAGUAAUGGGCUGAAAUAAAUAUGCAUAUACCGGUAUGUAUGAAAUGCAAUGUAUAGACAUGUAUUUGAGUAUAGUAUUAUACCUGUAUUUUAAGUAUUAUAUCCAUGUUAUACCUGUAUGUUAAAGCAGUAUGUGAAUUGAUGCAAGCUUUAUUUGACUUAAUAAUUACCUUUCAUUCGCCUCAAAAACGUCCAUCAUUAUAUAAUAGGUGCCAACAGCAGCAACUUUACAAUCAGAUCAAAGUUAUGCUAAAUUGUUUUGUUUAACAAAAUCAGGAACCAAACAAACACGGGGGUUCAACUUGUAUUUUAAUAUUAUUUGUUAACAAAGUCUUACAAAUUUGGGGAAAGGUGCAUAGCUGCGUUUGGGAACCUUGUUUUUAAAAUUAUGAUAAAUCUAGUUUUCAUAUAUCACAUGGACUUAUAACGAUAAUAAAUAAACUUUUGUCAAUUUAAUCUAUAUGCUCAGUAUUUCUUUGAUGUAGAGUUGAUUUUUAGCUAGGCGUUUUCCAAUAAAACCCGAGGUAUUGUCAUAGCCAGCUCAUCGUGUCGUCCGCCGUCUGACGUCUGCGUUGUGCUAAAACCUUAACAUUUUGUUAAGGUUUUGAAAAUUGGCUCUAAAAUCAAAUUGCUUCAACCUACAACUUUAAAACUUCAUAUGUAGAUGCACCAUGAUGAGUUCUACACGCCACACCCAUUUCGGGGUCACUAGGUCAAAGGUCAAGGUCACUGUGAACUUUAAAAAAAAUAUAUAAAAAUUAAAUUCUGACAAGCUUUAAUUUAUUCAAAACUGCACCCGUAGCCGAGUGUGGCACCCGUUAUGCGGUGCUCUUGUUAAUGACAUGAGGUGGUAUAACUUACAUUUAGGGAAAGUAACAGUUAUAUUUUGGAAAGUCCUACUCACAAAAGCAAUAGAACAGGGACUUUUUAUCGCUUGUAAACAUGUACGUCUAUCACAUUUGGUGUUGUAUAUAUGUUCCAUUUUGUGUUGUGCUAUGUUCCACUUCGUGUUGUGCUAUGUUUAAAAUCACUGUGAUAUCACAUUUUUGUCGAGACCGUUUUGGAAAGCUUGAUAUAGCAUUCAAAAGGGUAGAGUGAAUUUGUGUCUUGCAUAUCGUAACUUUUAUUUAACAAUUAUUUAACAUCAUAGGGCCACGUUUUGCAUCCAACAAUCAUCUUCCUAUCUCAAUGGUCAAGGUCACACUUAGAUACCAAAGGUCAUUGUUCGCCAUAAAGUGGCAUGUUUAAACUAUACUUUGUAAGACACCAAGCAAUGUUAAAAUUAACUAUCACCAAUGACUACUAUGAUGAGAUGGCAGUUUGUAUGUAACAUAUUGCUCCUUCAGAAUAUUAUUUUUCAAUAAAACAACUUGUCCAAAAUAAUAGCAUUCUUCAUGCACUUUUAACCCUUUACCACAUAGAUACCUAUUUUCAUGCAUGUGUAGUCCCUUAGAAACUUAUAUCUCCAAACCUUAGAUACUGAAGAGCAGCAAACAGUAUAAAAGCUGAACAGACUGCAAAGUUACUUGCAGGCUUUUCUGGUUUUAUGCUGUUUGCAAAGCCAUUUUCACUUUGCUUCUUUUAGGGGAAAGGGUUAAAUAAUAUAUAAACAGGUAGUGAUGUGGGGAAGUUGUGUCAAACCUGGGUCAAGGGUCAAACUAAAGGCAAAAGGUCGAACAUUAAAUGGUUUUUGUUAAUUAAUUACAAGCAGUUUUGACAAUGGGCUCGAUAUGUUGGAUUCGGACAUCAAGUAUUUGUAUAUCUACAUAUAAUUUCACUGAAAUACUAUUAUAUUUUUGGUGUCAAUUCAUAAGUCUGUAUCAGUAUUUAUUCUUACAUCACUUGACGAUAUGAUCAUGUUUGUAGUCAACAAAUAAAAAGUGCUGUUGCAUGAAUAUAUAAAUUCUAAAUAUAUACUUGCCCAAUUUUCCUGUUACUUGCCCAAGGCUUGUACAUAUUGAUUAGCAUAAAGUCUGCUCUGUCUCAUAUCAUUAAAUUGGUUCGGGUUUAAGAUUACUGGAUAAGCUUGACUUUUCACAGAUGUCAUUUAUGUACACAAUGACAUUAUCAUGGCAUGUAAACAGUAAGCUAGUUCAAUUUCACUAAUGUUCAACUUUUAUGCAUCAUUUCACAGGAGUUUGAAAUUCUAUCCAUAAAGCUAAUCUAAUGGCUAAAUAAUAAAAAAAUAUACCCCUAUAUAGUAUAAAGUCUAAAGCCAUUUGUUGAUUGUAUGGAAAUUUAUUUCUCUUCUACUGCAGGCUUAUGAAAUGCAAUGUAACUUAUUAAACUUGUGCGAUACAAACCAUCGGAGCACAAGAGCCAUGUAAUUUCCUUAUACAUACAUGUAUAUACAACAUAAUACGUUGUUUUGGUGUAUGUUUCUCUUCGUUUCUACAUUUAAUGUGUUUGUUAAGUAGUGGUAUGUUGUAAACACUGUGAACACACAUUGUACAUAACAUUAUGAUUGUGAUUUUGAAUGUUUUUCAUCAUACAUAACAUUAUAAUUGUGCUUUUGAAUGUAUCUCAUCAUACAUAACUAUAAUUGUGCUUUUGAAUGUUUUUCAUCAUACAUAACAUUAUAAUUGUGCUUUUGAAUGUUUCUCAUCAUAAAUUACUUUAUAAUUGUGCUUUUUAAUGUUUCUCAUCAUACAUAACUAUAAUUGUGCUUUUGAAUGUUUCUCCUGAUAUGUAACAUGAUAAUUGUGCUUUUGAAUGUUUCUCAUCUUUUGUUACAUUAUAAUUGAGCUUUUGAAUGUUUCUCAUUGUACAUUCAUGAUCAGUGUUCUUUUGUAUUGUUUUCAAGAUUUCUACUUUAAAUGUAUAGUGAAAUCAUUGCAUAAAUGCAUGGGCAUUUGAACUUUAUUUCUCUGAUUUGUUUAUAUUCCUUGAUUUAUAUAUAUUGUUCUUUUGUGUGUUUGUUUUCAUUCCUUCAUUAAACCUAGAUUUAAGGUUAAAACAUUGCACAAAUGCAAGGGCAUUCGAAAUUCAUAUCUCCACUUGUUGGUAAUCCUUGAUUUCUUGUUAUUUUUAUUAUAAUGGCCUGUUUCUGUUCUGUAUGAAGAAAAUUUGGAAAACAUAUCUUAGUUUUCAAAAAUGCCAAUAAUAUCCAGUGGUCCCAUAACAAGCAAGACAAGAUUAUCUGGAAUAAAAAAAAUGAAGAUGCUUUCUUUUUCAAUUGGAAUUAAUGUGCACUUAUUGCAAGAAUAUAUAUUACUUUGAUAUUUAUUUCUGAAAAUUUAUUUAUACAACUACUAUACAUUUUGAUCAAGAUAAUAUUUAUUAUUCAAACAACAACUUUAUGUUUUGCUUUAUUUGUUUAUAAGUUCUAAUAGUUAUUUUUAUUUAAAGUAUAUGAUAUUAAAAAUAUUUGAAAGAACAAUGUAAAGUUCCAUAACGCCUUUGGAGUGUGUGCUUGGUUUUAUGCAAUGUUGAUAUAUUCUUUAAUUUAAAUAUAGUGUUUGAUGUUAUUUAGUUUAUUUCCAAUAGUACAUGUAAGAUGUAAAAGUUGCACAUGGUUUUGUGGAGAUUUGAAAAAUUGAUCUGAAAAAUAAAAGGAAUCUUUGUUCUGAA